AUGUUAACUCAACAAAAUAAUAAUAAAAAUCAACAAAUUAAUCACCCCCAAAUUCCUGAUUUUAAUAUAUUUUUUGGAAAUAGAAGAGGUUUAAAUGUUUGUAGUGGAGGAGCUAAUAGACGUUCUCCCACUCCGGAUUGUCCAAGUUUUGAACAUUUGGAGAGGAAGCAAAAAAAGCCAAUAAUGGAAAGGAAAAGAAGAGCAAGAUUAAAUGCUUGUUUUGAAAGAUUAAAAGAAAUAUUACUAACUUCAGACUCGCAGCAAAGUAAAUUAGAAAAAGCGGAUGUUUUGGAAAGGACUGUAAUUUUUGUUGGACAUUUACAACAACAACUUAGAUCAGUACAACAAAAUUUAAAUCAAUUACUUGUUGGGACUGAAAAUGGACAUCAAUUCCAAAAAGGUGUUUCUAUCGCUAUUGCGACUACUAAUGAAUUGUUGGCUGGAUUACAGCCAGAAUUAUGUAAAAGAGUCCAAUUAGAAGUACCUGAAAGAAUAUUACGUGCAUUAGGUGUUUCUUCUCCCAAUAAUUCUAAUUUAUUCGCUUCAAAUAAUUUAAUUCCAACUUCAAUACAACAACAAAAUAAUAAUAAAUUAAUUAAUCCGUCUCUUAUUUCUAAUGUUAAUCAACAAAAAUAUACCAAUAAUUAUUUUAUUAACCCAAUUAAUAAUAUUUCUAAUAAAAAUAAUAUUUUCCCGAAUAAUACUCCACCAAUACCUCCAGCAACUUGUUACCGUUUUCCUUCAACUUUAAAUUUAUUUCCUUUACAACAACAAAAUUCUUUUUUAAAUUAUUAUUAUCCGUCUAAUUAUGUAAUUAAUAAUGUGGGCAAUAGUGGAAUUAAAAAAGUAGCUCCAUCAAAAGAAAUAAACAAUAAAGAAGAAAAUGAAGAGGACGAAGAGCAAGUUGUGGAUGUUGAAAGUUUAAUUAAUGAGGAAGAGGAACGAAAAGAAGAGGAGAGUUUAGAAGAAGAUAAAAAUAAAGAGGUAAAUAGUGACAGUCUUAAAAUGAGGCGAAGGAAUAUUUCAAGAAAAACAGUUUGGAGGCCUUAUUAA